UUUUUUUUAUUUUCUCUCUCCACAUUUCUUCUUCCCCAAAUUCAUAACUCUCCUUAAACCCUUUUUUCUCACUGCUAUUUUACCCAUUUCAGUAUUUCACAGAAUCUUUCAUUUUUUUUUUCUGGGAUUUUUCAAGGAGAGAGAAUUAAACCCUCCCAAAAUUGAAAAACCCAAUUCACAGAAUCUUUAAUUCUUUUCUAGGGUUUUUAAAUUACCCAAAUUAGUGAUUAAUUAACCUCAAAAAAAAGUUCAAAAGAAGAAAAUUCUCUUUCCAUUUUUAUGAAGGAAUUUUGACCUGGUAUUUAUUUAUGUUUUACCAUCUGAUAAAAACAACAACACUUGUUUCUCUCUCAUCCUUAUACUACCCAACAUCUCUUUCCCGCUCUACGCAUUUCAUCAAACACUUACCCUACAUUGUUGUUAGCCGUUUUUCUUCUUCUUUCUGCAAAACUUCAAUUCAAGGGUUAAAAUUGGAAAUUGAGAAAAAAAGAGACAUGAAAUAUGUUUUAGUUACUGGUGGUGUAGUUAGUGGUCUGGGUAAAGGUGUUACUGCUAGUAGCAUAGGUGUUGUUCUUAAAGCAUGUGGUCUUCGUGUCACUUCAAUUAAGAUUGAUCCUUACUUGAAUACUGAUGCUGGCACAAUGUCUCCUUUUGAGCAUGGAGAAGUGUUUGUACUUGAUGAUGGUGGAGAGGUUGACUUGGACUUGGGUAAUUACGAGCGUUUCCUUGAUGUGACACUCACACGAGACAACAACAUUACUACUGGGAAGAUAUAUCAGUCUGUUCUUGAAAGGGAGCGAAAGGGCGAUUACCUUGGAAAAACUGUGCAGGUUGUUCCACACAUAACUGAUGCCAUCAAAGAAUCGAUUCAGAGAGUUGCAAACAUCCCUGUUGAUGGAAGCAAUGAGUCUGCUGAUGUUUGUGUUAUAGAGUUGGGAGGGACUGUAGGUGACAUCGAGUCAAUGCCCUUCAUCGAGGCACUACGGCAACUAUCUUUUACAGUUGGAAAAGACAAUUUUUGCCUCAUUCAUGUGAGCCUGAUUCCUGUUCUAGGUGUUGUGGGUGAGCAGAAAACAAAGCCUACUCAACAUAGUGUGCGAGAGCUGAGAGCAUUAGGCUUGACUCCUCAUCUGCUUGCUUGUCGAUCCGCACAGCCUUUGCUAGAGAAUACUAAGGAGAAGCUUUCACAAUUUUGCCAUGUUCCGGCAGAAAAUAUUCUUAAUAUCCAUGAUGUUCCAAAUAUAUGGCAUGUUCCACUUUUGUUGCGGAAUCAAAAUGCUCACUUGGCUAUAUUGAGACAGCUAACUUUACUCAAUGUUGCGGCUCCUCCCAACUUGCAUGAAUGGACGAACCGUGCAGAAACAUAUGAUAAUAUUACCAACUCUGUUAGGAUUGCUAUGGUUGGAAAGUAUGUUGGUUUUACAGAUUCUUAUCUGUCUGUAAUAAAAGCACUUCUGCAUGCUUGCAUUGCUUGCUCUACAAAGCCAGCAAUUGACUGGAUUGCAGCUUCAGACCUUGAAGAUGAAAGCGCCAAAUCGACGCCAGAAGCCCAUGCUUCGGCAUGGCAGACUCUAAAGAAUGCUUCAUGUGUGCUGGUCCCUGGUGGGUUUGGUGAUCGUGGAGUCGGAGGAAUGAUAUUAGCUGCAAAGUAUGCCAGAGAGAAUAAUGUUCCAUAUUUGGGAAUUUGCUUGGGCAUGCAGAUUUCUGUCAUAGAAUUUGCUAGAUCUGUUUUGGGUUGGGAAAAUGCUAAUAGUGAAGAGUUUGAUGCGGAGGCUACAAGUCUUGUGAUUAAAUUUAUGCCAGAGGGAUCUAGAACGCAUAUGGGAAAUACAAUGAGAUUAGGUUCUCGGAAGACAUUGUUCCAGACCCCUAAUUGUGUGACCUCGAAGUUGUAUCAUAAUUCGAGGUUUGUGGAUGAACGUCACCGCCACAGAUACGAGGUAAACCCAAAUCUAGUUAGUGCUUUAGAAGAAGGUGGCUUAAAAUUUGUGGGGAGGGAUGAAAGUGGAGAAAGAAUGGAGAUCUUAGAACUGCCUGGUCAUCCUUAUUAUGUUGGGGUCCAAUUUCAUCCAGAAUUCAAAUCAAGGCCUGGGAGAGCUUCUGCUCCAUUCCUUGGUCUUAUAUUGGCAGCAACCAAGCAAUUGGAAGGUUAUCUAAAGACGAAUCAAAACGGUAGCUAGCAUGCAAAUCUAGAUCGAUUUCUCUUAUACGUUUUCAUUGUUAUAUUGGGAAUAGGCGUAGCAUAAGUAUAGUGGUUUCUGCCUGAUUUUUGUGCCAAUCCAAUUCAAAAGGUGUGUUCGUAGCUCUUGCCGCACACAUUUAUUUUUGAAAAUGUCAGGCUCGAAACUCGCUCAUUUCUUUUUAUGCUCAUUAGGAAGUUUUGGAUAGUGAAUAUUGGUUGGUGUUGGUUAUAGCAGCUCUGGAAUAACCACUCCAUUGGGCUCCAGAUAGUUUACUACAUUGUUCAAAUCACCUUCAUAUUCGUUUAAAUUUUUGUUUUUUGAUUGGAAUAUUUAAAUUAAGUUCCUUUGCACAA